AUGGAAGAGCCAGACACGGCUUCGACGGCUGCUGCUGGACCCUCGGCGCCGCCAGUCACUAGCUCCAUCACUCAUGUCGUGACGAGCAGAAAGUCGCCUUGCGGCAGCAGCGCGGGCGGCGGCUCCUCGGCCGUUACGUCACCAUUGCUCUCGACCUUGUCCAGUCAGGCCCAUUCUCCAGCACAAUCCACACAUCACGUCGCUGGCUUAGAGUCAUCAGCAGCAGGAGUUGCAACCCGAAAUCACAGAUCCCGCCCGAUCCAACGAACACCCGGCACCGCUCGAGAAGGGGCAGAUGCGUCCGUGACGCUGUAUGCGGGCGCACCGGGGAGCUCGCUCACCUCGUCCUCCGCCACAUCAGGCAGUGGCGCAGACUGUAUCUCUGUCUCUGGCGCUGCCGUCAGUGCGGGCCGCUCGACAUUCGGCGUUAGCGGUGCGCUUGGUGGCGGUGGAGCGGGGCGGCGAAAGGACAAGCAUCAGGCUGCGCUCGACAGCAUACGCAGGUUCCUGCGAGGGAGGAGCUCGUACGAUGUCUUACCCGUAAGCUUUCGGCUCGUCGUACUCGACACCAAGCUGGUUGUCAAACCGGCACUUGACGUCAUGUGGCAGGCUGGCGUUGUCUCGGCACCGCUGUGGCAGAGUACACCGGCGACGGACAUAGCGCAUACCGGUGCGGAAGCAGAGACAGGCGCAGGUGCAGACUCACAUCAGCACGACGGAGCGGAGGCAGCAGACGCCUUGCAAGCGGUUUCUGCGGCUCAGCCCGCAGACGACACCAACUCCUCGCGACCCGUCUCCCCAGAAACACAAGUGCCAGUUGGGAAUGGCGCAUUCGCGGGUAUGCUUACUGUCAACGACAUCAUCCAUCUCAUCCAGUACUACUACAUGAACUCAAGCUACGGAGACGCCGCCAAGGACGUUGAGACGUUCAGAUUAGAAAAGCUCAAAGACAUCGAGCGCUCCCUACAAGUGCCGCAACCACCGACUCUGUCGGUGCAUCCACUCAGGUCGCUUUACGAGGCGUGCCAAAUCAUCAUCCGAACACACGCGCGACGCCUCCCGUUGAUCGACCAUGAUGAACAGACGGGGAUCGAAACCGUGCUGAGCGUACUCACGCAAUAUCGCGUCCUCAAGUUUAUCGCAAUGAAUUGCCGAGAGACGGCGAUCCUGCACCGAUCAAUACGCUCGCUUGGCAUUGGCACCUAUAAUGCGUCCCUUGACGAGGCUGCUGGUGCGAGCACAACGCAGUGUACAGAGCAGUCGCUGAAAUCGAGCCGCGCGGCGGAGCUUGCUGAGGAGCAAGAGCUGAAGACGCCUGUUGCGGAGAAGCCGCUAUUCCUCCCUGCGCUGACGCCUUCGACUGCUGUGCCAGGCCAAGGGGAAACGAGCAAAGCAAGCCCUCAAGCGCGCGGUUCGAUCCUCGCAAGCGUACUGUCGCCCAGCAACUCAUAUGCGCCGCUGGCGACGGCGACACUUGACACGACCGUGUUCGACGUCGUGCAUAUGUUCUCCGAGUUAGGAAUCAGCGCCGUGCCAGUGCUCGAUGAGGAUGGCAACGUGGUAGACCUGUACGAGAGCGUCGAUGUCGUCACACUGGUGCGCACUGGCGCGUACCAGGCGCUUGACCUGACGAUCCGCCAGGCGCUCGCGCGGCGCCCGCCGGACUUUCCUGGAAUCAUGGUGUGCAGCCCGGACGACUCGCUGGCGAACAUCUUUGCGCUGCUGCGCAGGCGCAGGGUGCACAGGCUCGUCAUACUCGCGCCGGAAACGGCCCAACAGCCGCAGUUGCAGCCGGAGCACCAGCAGCCCAAAGCUGCAGGACUCGAUGCGGAAAUGCCUGCGCAUGCGGAGUCUGCAGCGGAGACAUCUGGGACGGACGCGCAGCAGACUGCAGGCGGCACCAUGCCGACUACGCCCCGCGAGCUGGAGAGUGAGCUGGAGGCGGGCAUAGUGCGCAAGCGGCGUAAAGGCAAGCUGGUUGGUAUCCUAUGCCUGUCAGACAUACUCAAGCACGUCAUCGGUGACCUAGCCGAGCAG